UGCAUCUGGUUCUUUCAGAUGAACUCUAUGGCAAAAGCAGCUUUAUGGAAUGGAGUUUGUCAGGAUUUGGUGCAAAGCCUAUUCCUGAAAUCAAGAGGAACAUGCUAUAUCCACAGAGUAUCAUCAAAACACAAGCUAACUCUGCAGAAAAACCAUUAUGAAGAAAGGAAUCCAGGUUUUGUCAAUGACUGUGCACAAACCGAUGAAACUCCUGUAUCUGUCAAUGUCACAGACUCUUGGGAUGUGCCAGGACAAGUUCCACACAAGGAGAAAGGACACUGUGUGCAUAGGAGGACCACCAAGUGUGAGACAUCUGUCAGGAGUCGCACCAGUCAGGAGAGGUUACAACAGAAGUUAGUAUCUCACUCUGACCAUCCUCCACUGCCUUAUGGCCCCAGUCCCAACGCGCCCAUCUGCUCCUCUGAGAACCCGGUUAGUUCUGACGCCAGUGUGUCAGACAGCGGCAGUGACGGCGCCUGCUGGGAGGUGGCGGCGGGCGGCCGGCCGCCGAUCGCCUGGGACCCGGACCUGGCCACCGAGUGUGAGCGCUCCACGCUGCUGUCGGCGCCGCGGCCGCCGCCGGCCGUGCCCGAGCGGCAGCGCGUGGCGGACGCCGCCGCGGCCGCCGAGCUGCGCCGACUGGCCGGCGAGGGGCGGCUGGCGGCCGCGCUGCGAGCCGCCGCCGCGCUGACGGCCGCCGGCACGCCGCCGCCGUUCCCGACGCUGGCGCUGCUGGCCGAGGAGGCGGCGCGGCGCGCCGACCCGGCCGCGUUCGAGCGCGCCCGCCGGCUGGCCGCCCGGCUGUACCCGCUCAACUACGGCCGUGCGGCGCGGCUGCGCGGCCCGCAGCUGGAGCUGCUCUGGCGCCGGCGGCUGUUCGCGCCCGCCUGCGGCCUGCUGCUGCGCUACCGCUCGGAGCCGGUGCGCCGCCAACAGAUGGCGCGCCGGUUCGCCGUCUGCUGCUGCCUGGCCGCCCACGAGGGAGCCGAGGACGCCCUGCCUUACAUCCAGAGUACGUCAGUGGCGCUGAUGUCCCGCGGCCUCUCGGGUCCGCUGCUCUCCGCCUGGCAGCACUGCACGCUCAGCGACCAGCACAGUUUCCAGGAGGCGGGCCGGCGGCUGCUGCUGGCCCAGCCGGCGGCCCGCCGUCACCUGGCGCCCUACCUGCUGCACGCCCUGCAGGAAGCGCAGCUCACCGGCCGAGAGGACGUGCUGCGCGGCCUGCUCGAGCUGAUGCUGCGCCUGGGCGAGACGCGCUUCUACCCGCUGGUGUUCGGGGCGCUGCUCGACUUUCAGUGUCUAAUGGAGGACGUCCAGUCGGCCCGUGAGACCUUCAGGCUGGUAGGCGAACUAUCCAUAUCACUGCCAUCUACCGUCAUCAAUCGGUACUCGAGCUUACUGCAGCGCCACCGGCUGAAGGCCCCUGCGGCGCUGCUACGGAUGAAGUACCGCCAGCGGCCGCCAGACGGCAGCUCUAGUGUCGCGGCGCCCAAGGUGCCACCGGCGCCGUCAUGGUUUGACGAUUGGUGAAUGUGUGUGAUUGAGGGGAUGCGGCCCUCAGCGACUCAGGUCAGAGCUUUAGGUACAUUGUGAUCUCCUUGAUUGUUUAGACGCGUUUCAGCGACUUUUUAGCGACUGUUAAUGAACGAUGUGUUUAAAGGGA